UUCAAUUUUGUAAUUACUUCCAAUUUUUUAGUUUUUUCUUUUUUUCCAACAAGGAUUAACCCUAGCGAGUUGUCGACGUCGCCCAACGACCAUUGCCCCCGACGCCGAUCGUCUCUCCCAUCGCCUACUACAGAGCUGUGUCGUCCCACGCCAGGCCGCCGCCACCGUGAACAGGUAGUCAGAUUAGGGAGGAUUAUUAUUUUGCACAAAGAAACCCCAGAGCUAGGAAAAUGAACUCUUUGAGAAGCAGAUUCUCGACAAUCUUCCCUCAUACCAACGCAUCUCUCAGCACAGUGAGUUGGGAGCUUCAACAAUGUCGUGGGAUCCGAGUAAAGGUGUAUAACAACAACUUGGAGAGAGCAUUGGGCGUGAUGCAGAGGAUGAUGCAAUCUAGUGGGAUUGAGCGACUCAUAAAGCGGCCUCAGACUCGCCAUAUUAAGAACUCUGAGAAGCGGGUACUAGCUAAGAAAGCCCUUGAACGUAAGAUUCGGUCCCAAGAACUUGCUCGCAAGCUCAAAUCCAUCCUCGUCAAGCGAGUCAGACAAAUAAUCACAAUGUACAACAACAACGAUGUGCAACACAAUUUCUUUUUAGGUUGAAGAUGAAAGUUUUGUAAAGGUGAAAUUAAAAUCCUAGUAUCAUGUCUUACAAAUGGGCAUUGCCCGGUAUAUUAGUAACUUAAUGAAGAGUUAAGUGGCACAAAUUUUUAGUUGCAACCUAGGAAUGUGAGAUAAACUUACGUUGCUCAGAGUAUUAUUAAUAUUAUGAUUGGAUUAGCAAUAUGCAUGUUAUUAGUGUGUUGUGUUUAUGAAUUAAAAAUGCAAAAAGUGAAUUAAAAAGUGCUAUUAGUGAAGAAAUUGCAAUCAGAUUCCAAAUGCAGUUAUAUUCCAACUUCGCCAGCUAUCUUUUACUUUUGCAACCUUUUCACGCUCAUUUGGGGAUUGCACUUCUCUUCUGCCAGAUUAGAUGCAUAGACUAUUAUUUAUGCUCUGAUUUUAUACUUUUACACAAGGAUGUUAUGACCUCCACUUUGUUGCAAUUUACUACCAUGUGUACUAAUCUCUGUUCGAAAUUACACCUCUCCACUCUUUCUCUGCCGAAAUACGAUAUCUUAGAGCUUCUAAAACAAUACAUUUUAUGCAAUUUGACAAAGAAAGAGUGAAGGUGUUUUUUAUGCUUUAAAAUAUAUACUCACUAUGUCUGGAUUCAGUUGUCAAUUGUCUUAUUUUUGUUGUCCAGAAUUAGUUGUCCACUUUCGAUAUGCAAUAAAAAAAAUCAGGUUGAAUUGUCUCAGAUAUCCGAGAGAUAAGUAAGAACAUUAUUGAUAUAAAUGAGUUACAAACUCACUUGAAGGACUUAUUUGGCAUUUUAGGCUCACUUUUUGAAAUGAGGUGCUUUAAAAAGUGGACAACUAAAUCCGGUUGGAGGGAGUAUAUUCAACUCCAAAAAAUGUUUGUUUAGCCAAUAUUAAGGUUCCGC